AUGGCCACCGUUGUCCCGGCGGCCGUCGCCCCCACCACCGGGGCGGACCACACUCCGCUCCAAUCCUACGUCGGAUUCGACUCGAUCACCAAGCAGAUCGAGUCCAAGCUCCUCAAACGCGGCUUCCAAUUCAACGUCAUGGUCGUCGGUCAGACCGGUCUGGGCAAAUCUACACUCAUCAACACGCUCUUUGCCGCGCAUCUCAUCGACACCAAGGGUCGAUUCACCUCCGACGCCCCCAUCCGCUCUACCACCGAGAUCCACCCCGUCUCCCACGUUAUCGUCGAAAACGGCGUUAAGCUGCGACUCAACAUCGUCGAUACGCCGGGGUACGGUGAUCAGGUCAACAACGACAACUGCUGGGAUCCCAUCAUCAAGUACAUCAAGGAUCAGCAUUCUGCCUAUCUGCGCAAGGAGCUGACUGCGCUUCGCGAUCGGUAUAUCGUGGAUACGCGGAUUCACUGUUGUUUGUUCUUCAUCAACCCUACGGGUCACGGGUUGCGCCCGAUCGACGUGACGGUGAUGAAGAAGCUCAGCGACGUUGUUAACGUAGUCCCCGUCAUCGCCAAGUCGGAUUCGCUCACGAUGGACGAGCGCGAUCUGUUCAAAGAGCGAAUUCGCGCCGAGAUGACGUACAAUGCUAUCCGAGCCUACCCCUUCGAUAGCGAGGAUUACGAGGCCGACGAACGCGAUGCUAACGAACGCAUCCGCACCCUCAUCCCCUUCGCCGUCGUCGGCUCCGAACAAUCCGUCGUCAUCGACGGCAAACAGGUCCGUGGCAGAAAGAACCGCUACGGAAUCGUCAACGUCGAAAACGAGAGCCACUGCGAGUUUACCCAUCUGCGCAACUUUUUGACUAGGACGCAUCUGCAGGAUCUCAUCGAAACCACGGCUCAGAUUCACUACGAGGCGUUUAGGUCCAAGCAGCUGCUCGCGUUGAAGGAGAGCUCGUCCAAGGCGCAGGCGAGUCAGCAGGCGCACUAG